UUUCAUCAAACUAACAUUGCGGACAGUGGUAGAAUUAAGAAUCGAACAUCAAUAGGUUGGCCAACUCAAAACAAAGGUUGGCUAACGUGUUUCUCCAACUGGUAACGACGAUUUCACCUCUCCUUUUCCCACGUUUUUUUCUCUCUCUUCCACCGCAACCAACUACAGAACCGAAAACCAUAGGAUCCCAGAAUCUUCUCCUCCUUCUUGGUCUCAAAGCUUUUCGACUGGGGAAAAAUUGACUAGGACCAGAUUUUUGUGUCCUAUUAAAUCAAUCGAUUUUGAUGCAGUAGAUUCCAAUUUCUUUUUUCUUUCUAAUCUUUUGGGAUUUUAUUGGGUUUCAAAUUCUUGGAAGAAUUCUAGGGUUUGAGACAAUGAAGGCCAUGGAGACCUUGCAAGAUCUGAUUGAAGAAGUAAAAAUUCGAACGGUUUGGUGGGGUUUGUGUAUAUUUGCUGUCUGUUACUUUUUAACACACACCAGUACAUCGAUGUGGAUGAAUCUACCUAUAGCUGUACUGUUGGUUUUUGGAUUACGGAUAUUGUUUAAUGAAGUGGACUUCCGUUGGAAAGUUCGGAAUGUGCGACCACCAACAUACUUGGCACACUUAGAAAAGAAGCAGCUAUCUGUGAAUGAUAGUCGACUUUCUACCUCACCACCCACACUGAAAUGGAAGAGGAAAAUUGGUUCUCCACUUGUAGAGGCAGCAGCAGAGGAGUUCAUUGACAAGGUUUUGCAUGAUUUUGUGAUUGAUUUGUGGUACUCGGAUAUUACACCUGACAGGGAGGCACCAGAGCUGAUACAUGAAAUAAUCAUGGAUGUCCUUGGUGAAAUAUCUGGAAGAGUGAAAGGAAUUAACCUUGUAGAACUGUUGACAAGGGAUGUGGUGGACCUGAUAGGAGAUCACCUAGACCUUUUCCGCAGGAACCAAACAGCUAUUGGCGUGGAUGUCAUGGGUACAUUGUCUUCGGAAGAAAGGGAUGAAAGGUUGAAGCACCAUCUGUUGGUCUCUAAAGAACUUCACCCUGCUUUGAUAUCAGCUGAGAGUGAGUACAAGGUACUUCAACGGCUCAUUGGUGGAAUAUUAGCUGUUGUGCUAAGACCCAGGGAAGCACAAAGCCCCUUAGUUCGAUGUAUUGCCAGAGAACUAUUAACUUCUUUAGUGGUACAGCCUCUUCUGAAUCUUGCAAGCCCCGGGUAUAUUAAUGAAUUGAUUGAAUACAUUUUCCUUGCAUAUAAUGAUGAGGGGUGUAAGCAGUCCGGCGAUGGUAAAUCGACUAAAGCAGAAAGCCACAAUCGCAAUCAGGGUGCUCCCUCAGACACUGUAAAAUGUUCAGAAACUGAUUAUAAACAGAAAGAACCUACCAAGAAUCAAGGGACUGAUGCCUCAAUCUGCCAAUAUGACCAUCGAAGAGAGCAAUCAUCAGCUAAUGCAGGAAGUUCAAUUUCUAGUUCGAUUCAAGAUGAGGCUAAUCAUCCAAGGCCUGCUGACUGGGCUCGUGUCCUUGAAGCAGCUACCCAGAGAAGAACAGAAGUUCUGAUGCCUGAAAAUCUUGAAAACAUGUGGGCAAUCGGCAGAAAUUAUAAGAAAAAAAUCCAAAAGUAUUCUGCCUCGGGAGGAAUUCAGGCUCCUGGAGUAAAGGUUGCAGUAAGCAGUGGAAAAGAUGCGGGAAAAGAAUUACCAACUCAGAAGUCUGAAGUAGUCAUGAAAAUGGAAGAUAAACAACACGAUCCAAAUCAACCACAUAAUCAGAGAAGUCAUGCCCUGCAUUUGUCUCAAGAGCUGAAAAAGGAAGUGCCAUCCAAGGGAGGAAUUUCCUAUGAUGUUGACAAUGCUUCUGCCAUUGUUGCAUAUGAGACUAAGACUAGGCUGAAGAGAUCAAAUAGUACAUCUGAUUUAGUUAUCCAAUCAAAUACUGAAGAUUUGCUUAUGAACAAAGGUGGUGGAUCCAUUAUAUCAGAAUUCUAUAGUGCAGAAUAUAGGAGAAACAAUCCAGUACCCAGCACUAUGAGUGCUUCAGACAUGGUGAUUCGUGGUGAGGGAAAUCAUCGUCCAAAGCUGAAGUGCAGGGUUUUGGGUGCAUAUUUUGAGAAGCUGGGCUCAAAAUCUUUUGCUGUAUAUUCCAUUGCAGUUACUGAUGCCAAUAAUAACACUUGGUUCGUAAAGAGAAGAUAUAGGAACUUCGAGAGAUUGCAUAGACACCUGAAGGAUAUUCCUAAUUACACGUUACAUUUGCCUCCUAAGAGGAUAUUUUCAUCGAGUACAGAAGAUGCAUUCGUUCAUCAUCGUUGCAUUCAGCUUGACAAAUAUCUGCAAGAUCUCUUGUCAAUUGCCAAUGUGGCUGAGCAACAUGAAGUGUGGGAUUUUCUCAGUGCCUCUUCCAAGAACUACUCCUUUGGAAAAUCUUCUUCAGUGAUGAGAACACUGGCAGUUAACGUGGAUGAUGCUGUGGAUGAUAUUGUGCGUCAAUUUAAAGGCGUUUCUGAUGGUUUGAUGCGUAAAGUUGUUGGCUCUCCUUCAUCUUCUUCUUAUGAACCUACUACCUCUACUUCAGACAGAAAUUUGUCCUGGAAUGUGGAGGAAAUGAAUAAACUGGCUUUAACCCAAAGUACCUCCGAGUCACUUAAUAGCUUUUCUGACAAUGAUGAUGGUGAUAAAGAUGGAAGCCACGGGCAGGAGGAAGUAGGACCUAGUUCAGAAGCUAAUGGGUGGCAUUCGGACAAUGAGUUGAAUUCAAAAGGAUUACCCCCUCGGGUGGUUAAAUGUGACGAAGAGCUGAGAAGCUCAGCGGCUGACUCGAAGUACGGUUCUGGAGGAUUUCCAGACACAAGCUUGGCAGUAGUUCCCAGUCAACAAGAGGAUCCAGCUGGAGUGCCACCAGAGUGGACACCGCCCAAUUUAAGUGUACCUAUCUUGAAUUUAGUGGACAAGAUUUUUCAGCUGAAUAGAAGAGGCUGGCUAAGAAGACAAGUAUUUUGGAUAUCAAAGGAAAUAAUGCAGUUAAUGAUGGAGGAUGCUAUUGAUGAUUGGCUGUUAAGGCAAAUCCAUUGGCUACGGAGAGAGGAUGUUAUUGCUCAGGGAAUCGGAUGGAUUAAAGAUGUUCUCUGGCCGAAUGGCAUUUUCUUUAUAAAAUUAAGAAAUCCAGUUGAAAUCAACAAUCGCGAACCAGAUCAAGGAACCACGAGACAACCUGUAGGAAGUAAGGUCUCUAAGGCAGGAUCUUUUGAGGAACAGCUUGAGGCUACUCGUAGAGCAAGUGAUGUGAAAAAGAUGCUCUAUGAUGGUGCUCCCGCCACAUUGGUCAGCUUAAUUGGGCACAAGCAGUACAGACGUUGUGCUAGAGAUUUGUAUUAUUUCCUUCAGUCUACCAUCUGUUUAAAGCAGCUUACAUAUGGUGUCCUUGAACUUGUACUAAUAUCAGUCUUCCCUGAGCUGAGGGAUGUUGUGAAGGAUAUCCAUGAAAAGGCACAAGCUCAACCUGUGUAGGCUAUGGCACUUUUUCUUUCUCAGUAACUAUGUUUAUGCGCUACUUGAUAAAGAAAAGAAGUUAAUGAGCUCGUUAACUCGGCUCUCUGGCUAUAGAUUCCAAAUCCUCCUGAAAAGCUGGGAAGGCGAGUGAAUCUAAGCAGGGGUAUGAAAACUUAGUGACUUGAUUUUGUCAGAUUCAUUCUUUUUUCAGUCUAGCAUCUUGGAAUGCAGGAAAUUCUUUUAUGGGAUGCCAAAAGUAGGAACAAAUGCUCUACUUUUGCUUCUUAUUGUACAGUGUGCAUUAGAAUCUGUACAGUAGUCGGUUUUGGUGUGCAGUCUUGUAUAUUCAUUUGGAACCACCUCAAUUGGAUGAUAUCCAGUCGGGCUGAUGCUAGUCAUACUAAAUUCACUUCAUUAUGAGUCCAAAUUUUGCUUUAAUAUCAUCUCUUAGUUUUUGC